AAAGGUUGAAUAAUCAAUGUUUUGAGUUUGCUCUGUAUUCUCGCCCGUAAAGAACCCGCCUGUGAAAAUGAUCCGGCAGAUUUUGCUGAAAAACGACAUCCUCGUGAAGCUGGUAGCAGCACGUGGCUACAGCCAGCCAGCGGGUCCUGCCGGACCGAAGGCUCCAACGUCGGCAACACCCUCAACACCAGCGGACGUUCCCGGAUUGAGCUCGCGGUGCGUCGCCUCCAAGAGUGGCCCGGUUGGUCCGGGAGCUGAACGGAAUGGCACCUACAAGGUACCGGAAUACUUUAAUUACAACCAAACGAGCUACUUUGAGGCCGAAAUCGAGAUGUCCAAAUUUCGCAUUCCGCAACCUUCAGCGAAAAAUUGAUGGGCUGCGAAGGGUCGGAUUGUAACAUAAACACGGCGGCAUAAAAUAAACCAACUAGU